CACGGCCUCCACAGACGCAUGUCGAUGCUCCUGCAUCUGCCGCGGGAACUUUUGCGGAGGGAGGAUCCAGGCCUGAGAACACCAUUGUCCAUCUCGAAUUGACCCUCCCUACACUCAUCAGCAGGAAUGACAGAGGUGCUCUCUGUCCAGCUGGCAGACGGCGCGCCCUUCUCCCAUGCCCCGCUCCGCCGCUCAUCAGCUUCCCACACUUCCUUCUUCGACUCGGCCACCUUUGGCUCAUCGAGAAAAAAUAAUUACUCACACUCCGACUUGCGUUCUGACUCCCUGAGUUCCUCCCAGACGUCGUUCCAGUCCACGCCCGCGAGCAGUUUGUCGUUGGAUACAAGGUUUGAGGACGACGACGAGGACGACGAUGCACUUGCGUUUCCAGCAUACUCUGGCGGCCAUUGUGUGGAUCUGGAAGAAACCAGUGACCCCCCAUCAAGCCCCGUCAAUGCCAAUUCUCGUCCCCCGCCCUCCCCCAUAGAUGGCGUCGUGUCCCCAACAACAUCGACCCCUGAUCCCCUGUUGAUAUCAGAAGACGACACAGCCGUCAGGGUGGAGCCGUCUCAACACGUAGAUUAUCUCUCGUACGAAUGGAAAGAAGAGGACAUCUGGUCGUCGUGGCGGCACAUCGUCACGCAGCGCAAAGUCUAUGGCGAGCGGUCCAGGCUAGAAAAUGCUUCGUGGCGAACCUGGGCGAAAUCUCAGUUCAAACUUCAGACUGUCUCCCCAGAAACAUUGAAUUGGCUAAAAGACUGCGAUGUGACAUGGCUCUACGGGCCUCUGCAACCUGCAUCAAACCGAUUCCUUUCUCAACACCAAUCGGAACCCAUUAGCCGGUUAUCAAAAAAUAAUUCAUUUUUAAACAAGAAACCGAUCUUAAAGAAACGAAGCGUGUCGGAGGUUAUGCUUCAGAAGUCACUCUCAGCCUCGUCACUUGUCAAGCAAGCGGCAGCUGCAGUACAGGCACAACAGGCGAAUGGUGCUACACUAGAACGGAGACGGCAGAGACCAAUCAUUGGUUGUGCUCCCUCAGAUUUCGUUACCUCUACACUUCCAUCACAGACCGUCAGCCGGGAUCCCAUAGACUCCUUUUCUUCGCGGUCAACAUCUGGACUGCAUACACCCGACCAUGCCGAGCGACGCCAUAUCCGUUUUGAUGACAAGGUGGAACAGUGUAUCGCGGUCGAUAUCAAGGACGGCGAGUAUGAUGACGACGAGGACGCCAACGAUAGUUGGGCUAUGAACGAUGACGACGAUUCCUCCGAUGAUGGAGUUGUGAUGAUGAAGAAAUCACGCAAGAAACGACCGUUAUCUCGGACCAACUCAAGAAGUAGCUUUACUGGAGAAAGUAAAACGAUUGCGAAGCUGCCCUCUACGACCCUUAAGUAUAGGACUGACUCCCCGGAUGUCACAGAGCAGCAGCCAACCCAUUCACUUGGGUUCUGGCGCUCCAGUCGUCUCUCGCCAUCACCAUCGCAGGAAACCCUUCGACCAUCAAAUCCCUCGACUAAUUUCCUUCUCCCGGAAGAAGAUGACGAGGAAGAUGUUUCGUGGGAACCAUCUGGCGCUUAUGAAGUUAAGCGUGCGAGCACACCUAGCCCGUCGGAUUUUUCGUCAACCCUCUCCAACUCAUUUCCUGAGUAUUCUUCUGAAUCUGGUGGACUUCGGCGAACUGCUUCCGGCAUGUUCAUGCCUUACGACGAGGUAGAUGAUGACCCUGUUCCACCAGGAAUUAUUGGUCGAGUAGUGGAUACAGUGAAUACAGCGAGAGACAUAGCACAUGUGAUAUGGAACGUAGGCUGGCGAAAUUAGCAAUAUUGAUCAUCACCUUGUUUGGCGCUGGUUUGGCUCGUUGAUCAUAGCAUUUGGCCUGGGUGGCUUUUUUUUUUUUUUUUUGAAUUAGGUACGC